AUGCGCGCUUUCGCCCUGCUGCUGCUCGCCCUCCUUCAGUCUCCAUGCUCGUGCGCUGGUGUGCGCGGAGCUCGCAAGCGGGCGCGACGAGACGCGGAGCAAAUUGCGGCGGCUGCGGCGGCCGGCGAAAGUCUUGACCCUCUCGGCUACUAUCGAUACAGUUGGCGGCCGCCGGCCGAUGAGUGCGGUACAGAGAUGCACGCCGAUUACGAUGGCACGCGCGCGUGGAACUGGGGUCUCGACCCAUCGCAGCACGUUGCGACUGCCGCCGAGUGCUGCGCCAAGUGCCGAGCGCACGUGAAGUGCAACUCGUGGGUUUGCUUCGCGCCCGACGCGCACAAGCACACGCGCGGCGAGUGCUGGAUGAAGGACCAGCGCGACCCGGCCUCGCCGUCGGUCAACAUGCGCGGUGCGUACACGUCAAAAUAUCGCGCACGGCCCGGCCACCACCAUGCGCCGCCGAUGGUGCACUGGGUCAGUGGGACGGUCCGGCUCAAGCGAGCCGCUACUAACGGCACGUGGAGCGGGCGAGCGGUGUGGUGA